UCAUUACCUGAAGCAGCAACUUCUUUCACUGUGCAUCCUGGAGGGGAAAAUGAAUUUCACAAAUUGCACCACUGAAGCCAAUGUGGCUUCGAAGCCAAAAACAGUAACUGAAAAGAUGCUCGUUACCCUGACCUUGGCCACAAUCACAACCUUGACUAUGCUGCUGAAUUCUGCUGUAAUUGCGGCAAUCUCCACAACCAAGAAGCUUCACCAGCCGGCAAAUUAUUUAAUAUGUUCACUAGCUGUGACUGAUCUCCUUGUUGCUGUUCUUGUCAUGCCCUUGAGCAUCACUUACAUAAUGAUAGAUAAAUGGACUUUGGGAUACUUCAUCUGUGAGAUCUGGCUUAGCGUCGACAUGACCUGUUGCACAUGUUCAAUCCUUCAUCUCUGCGUCAUUGCUCUGGACAGGUAUUGGGCAAUCACAGAUGCUAUCGAAUAUGCCAGGAAAAGAACAGCAAAAAGGGCUGGGCUGAUGAUAGUCACCGUGUGGGCUAUCUCCAUUUUCAUAUCAAUGCCCCCUUUGUUUUGGAGAAAUCACCACAGUGUCAGUAUCCCCAGCGAGUGUCGCAUUAAGCACGAUCAUGUCAUCUACACUAUUUAUUCCACAUUUGGGGCAUUUUACAUCCCCUUGACUUUGAUCCUGAUCCUGUACUACAGAAUUUAUCACGCUGCAAAGAGCCUUUACCAAAAGCGGGGUUCAAGCCGCCACCUCAGCAACAGGAGCACCGACAGCCAAAACUCCUUUGCCAGCUGCAAGCUCACACAGACAUUCUGCGUCUCGGACUUCUCCACAUCUGACCCAACCACGGAAUUUGAUAAAAUCAAUGCAUCUGUGAGGAUCCCUCCUUUUGAGAAUGACUUGGACCUGGCUGGUGACCGGCAGCAGAUCUCCACAACACGGGAACGAAAGGCUGCUCGCAUUCUGGGGCUGAUUUUAGGUGCUUUCAUUUUGUCCUGGUUGCCCUUUUUCAUCAAGGAGCUGCUUGUUGGCCUCCACAUUUGCACUGUCUCUCCAGAAGUAGCAGACUUCUUGACCUGGCUUGGAUAUGUCAACUCCCUUAUCAACCCUUUGCUGUACACUAGCUUUAAUGAAGACUUCAAGCUGGCCUUUAGAAAGCUCAUCAGGUGUCGAGAACAUACUUAAAAGUACUGGGAGAUGAUGAUGCUGACAGGACUCCUGGCCUUAAGAAUGGGCAAAAUGAUUUAAUUCUGUCACCAUUUCCCUCAUUAAAGGGAAUUUUUGUUUUUGCCUAUUUGCUUGACUUGUCUUUAGCCUGUAAUUCAUUCUGCCAUUUUUUACCUCCAGUGUUAUUCAUGGUAAAAACUUUGAAAUAAAUUUAUUCUACAAAGGAAAAGAUUUUUUAGCAAUGAAACAACAAAAAAAGGAAACUGUUAGAUACUCGUGUUCAGGACAUUUUGUGUACUCAGUGAUUUGAGAAGCAAACAACAAUAUUCACUUUUAUACUUUUUCCAUUUAAGAAUCAAAUGUCUGAAUUACCAUGCACUGUAAAAAUAUAAAGGCAUAUAAACUGAACCCCAUACAUGCGUAUUCAAAAAUUAAUAAACACUUCAUGGGCAUGACAGCCAAACAACAAAUCUCAGCCAUGAGAAAACUGUAACAGCCAUUUAGAAGGAAAAUAACCAUUUCCAGGAAUUCUUCAGGAAUAAACUCCCAAAACACAAAGCAAAGUUCAAUUCGUUCCAGCUAAAAUCGGAUCCCAUUUUGUAUUCCAGAGGAAUUACUCAAGUGGCUCUUUUUGUGUAAGGUUCUGGAUUUAUGGUCAAAGUAUUGGGCAGACACCUGUGCAGUUUGUUUGGCAACUGAGAGGAUGCAGCUAGCAAGUGUCACCCAAGAGACCAGCUGCACAUCUGACUGGUCACAUUUUUGAUACCACUAACAGUACUUCCUCAGGGCUCAGGCCUUGUGCCUUCAUUAGUUCUGGGAUAGUAUUAUUCACUUGUGCCACAAUUCUCCUGGACCUUGCAAUGCAGAACCCCAUGGGUUGAUGGAUCUUACCCCACUGACUUAAACACUGGAUAUCUUCUCAGCAGGCCACCAAUAUAUAGAAAUUCAGAAAUAUCAUCUAAACCCAAAUUAUUUUCUGUUUGAACAGCAGAAAAAAAAUAGAGUAAAUAAUUUUUACAUAGCAGGCUGCACAUCUGCCUCUUCUUAUUUGCAAUGAUAUUCUUGUCAGCCUGACCCCUGAUGAGGUCCUUUAGCAGGAUCUCUUGUUCUGGUUGUCCUUCACAGAGUUACUUCCUUUGUCUUGAGAGGCAGACAUGACAGAGAGUUCCUUCUAUCCUGUCUUCUGUGCUUAUGGAAGUUACAAUCUCCUGGUUCACAAAUUGUGGAAAUCAGGCUGGGAAAGGCAAUAUCAAAGUUGAGAAUCUGUUAUUGGCCAUUAGCAACUUCUAAACUCCAUUUAAAUACCUAUUACUUACCUUCACCAUAAUUUUCUUCCUUCUCCAUUUUUCUGUACAAACUCUUUUUGAAUAUACCAAUAUACCAAAUAGAAAGUACCACAUACAUCAACCUGACAUCCAGUAACAGCGAACUGUAGCAUGGCAGCUCCAAAUCCAUCAAAACAAAUAUUAGAGGUAGAAAAAGUGUUGUAACAGCAUUGGAAGGCAUCUCUGGAAAAUGUUUUGAAAAUUUACAAGAUGACAGUCAUUUUUCUUAGCAAGAGUCAAGGAAGUGUAAGUAACAUGUGAGUAAUAAACUGCAGAUGGAGCUGAGAAAUGACAUCCUUAUUGGUGGGAGAAAGCAUUCAGAUGGAAAGAUGCAGAGCUGCAAGCUGAGUGUAAAUCAAGUCCGAAGGUGACCAAAAUGGGACCUACUACUUACCCACAUGCAGUGGGAAUCUGCUUUAAGGACUCCAAGUUUUCCAUGCCUGAGUUUAGACGGCUGAUCUCCAGCUGCCCUUCUGGAGCUAUUGUCACAGCUGCCUCCUCCAGCUGCCUUUGGCUUCCAUACUAGCUUAUAUUAACACCUAAAAAAACAGGGGGGGGGGGGGGAAUCUCAGUCACUGAAAAUGUCUUCUAGUGAGGAAGCACAAAGAUCCAUUAUGAUUUUUCCUUUUUGCAACUUGCUGGAGUUGCAAACUGUUGAUUGAAGCUGGGAAAGAGUGGCCUGACCCUGCCUAUCUAUAAAACUUCCAAAGCAGUUCCCCGGAGUACAUAUGCUAUUGAGAAAAAUUUGGCUGGGAAUUAAAAUAAAGAGUAGUAUUUGUGAGAA